AUGCACGCAAUCUACCGAAGCUCACGAAUAACAAUAGCGCCAUCAGAGGCGGCUACAAGCAAGACCGGAUUUCUCAGGCCUCGAGGCAUGUGGCGACCCACCAAGAUGAAGGCCCGAUUCGAUGACAACGUCUUUUCGGACGUUCUUCUGGUCCCAACAGGGAGAUCCUGUAGGCCGUUUGCUCCUCUUUUCCAAAGAGGAUUGACACUUCAGGAGACUUUGUUGUCCACCCGUGUUCUAGUUUAUGGUCUGAGGGAGCUGACGUUCCUUUGUCUAGAGGGCCUCAGAUCAGAGUGCGGCUCGCAUUUGACAGUCGAGGAGGUCAACUGGGCCUUUCAUCCUGGGAGUAAGAUCCACGUGAACAUGAAUCACCCGCAAAGUUGGAAUUACCUCAUUGCGUCCUACUCCGAGCGCUUUCUCACAGUCGAGGGCGACAAGCUGUUAGGUAUAGCGGCGCUGGCUGAAGAAUAUGGGCGGAGCAAGGGCGUCGAUGGGUAUUUCGCCGGGUUAUGGAGGGAUAACUUCCUGGAGCAGGCGCUCUGGACCACAGCGUCGUACACUGGAUCUCCCAAACAUUCCAAGGGGUACAUAGCCCCUUCUUGGUCUUGGGCAAGCGUCAACGGCGAGAUCACGGGCUUUGGGGCAACCUUUAACAUGCCUCUGGCUUGGCUACCCGAGACAAUGCCAGACAACAUUACGUGCGAGUUGGUUGAUGUCCAGACAACUUUAACAACACUAGAAAACCCUUUUGGUAUGGUCAGCGACGGAUUCAUGCUGGUGCGUGGCAACUUGCGGAGGGUGAUCUGGAAAAGCGACCAUGGCCAGGGGUCCGCAUGGAACGGUACAGGGUGUCUCGCAUCAAAUACCAAAGAAAGUCUUGAGGGAAGAGAGAAGGUAUUUCGGGACCCGCGAAUGGCGUUAAGGAUAGACCAUCAACAAGACUGGCUCGAGGAGGACUUGGUUCUUCUAUGGAGCCUUGAGAUUUGCAAGACAGAUGAGGGACGGGGUUAUGCGCUUCUGCUUACAGAAACAGAGGCCACUGAAGGGGCGUUUCGGAGAGUAGGUCGCUUGGAGAUAACCUCCACGGAUGAAUCACUGGGGAACUGGUUCGACACCGAGUACAUAUUCCGAGAAGUAAGGAUAUUCUGA